AUGGCGGGCUCACCCAGCGGAAUCACGUCUAUGGAGCGGAAUAUCGAUGUUUAUGCUACGAAGCUGGCGGAUUUGGGGAUUGAACCCAAGGUCAGAUCGAAUAUCGCGAUUGAGCUUCGCGACUCGCUAGAGCAGCUGUGUUCUGGCCCAAAUUACCCCGUCUUCUUGUCAAAGUUGUGGCCGGUGUUCAAGAAGAUACUCAAGGGCGAACCUGUCUUUGUCAGUCUGUCCUUUGACCAGAAAUUGCGCAAUUGCAUUCUGGAGAUCCUCCACCGGCUCCCUCUAGACCUCCCCGAUGUCGAACCCUACGCUGGUGAAAUGGUGGAUCUCUUGCUGGAGCUUGUUCGAAUCGAGAACGAGGAUAACGCCGUCCUCUGUAUGAAAACGAUCAUGGACCUGGAACGGCGGCAGGCCAAAGCUACACAGACCAGAGUCAGGCCAUUCCUGGAGCUUAUUCAGGAGCUCUUUGAGAUGAUGGAGCAGGUUGUGCGAGAUACCUUUGAUAGUCCCGCUCUGGGUACUCCUCACAUGCCAUCGACACCCAGCAAUACUGCACAGAACUUCCAGUCCCCGCGACCUAGCUCCCCCGCUACCUCAGUAUCCGAACUUGGUCCUGACCAGCAGUCUAACCAGCAGCUUUUGAGAGGAAUGCAGUCCUUCAAAGUCCUAGCGGAAUGCCCCAUUAUCGUCGUUUCAAUAUUCCAAGCACAUCGUAGCGUCGUUUCUGCUAGUGUUAAAAUAUUUGUGCCACUUAUUAAGGGAAUCCUGCUUCUGCAGGCCAGACCUCAGGAAAAGGCACAUGCAGAGGCUGCGGCCCAGGGUAAAAUUUUCACAGGCGUGUGUAAGGAGAUAAAGAACAGAGCGGCCUUUGGUGAGUUUAUCACUGCGCAGGUGAAGACGAUGAGUUUUCUUGCCUAUCUUCUUCGCAUGUACGCGAAUCAGUUGCAGGAUUUCCUCCCGUCUCUUCCAGGUGUCGUUGUGCGGCUUUUGCAAGAUUGUCCGCGGGAGAAGUCUAGCUCGAGGAAAGAAUUACUUGUUGCCAUACGCCAUAUCAUUAACUUUAAUUACAGGAAGAUCUUCCUGGACAAGAUUGAUGAGCUGCUGGAUGAGCGGACGUUGAUUGGUGAUGGCCUUACUGUCUACGAGGCGAUGCGACCUCUAGCAUACAGCAUGCUUGCAGAUCUCAUCCAUCAUGUUCGCGAGUCCCUCAAUCGUGAUCAGAUUCGUCGGACAGUGCAGGUGUAUACGAAGAACCUUCAUGAUGAUUUUCCAGGGACCAGUUUUCAAACUAUGAGUGCCAAACUGUUGUUGAAUAUGGCUGAGCGGAUAGCAAAACUUCCAGACAAGCAGGAUGCGAGGUAUUUCCUGGUCAUGAUUCUUGAUGCGAUAGGGGAUAAAUUCGCAGCUAUGAACCACCAGUUUGACAAUGCGGUGAAGAUAACCCGCUCUACGAAGUCACAACCAGACAACGCUAAGGAAUCGUAUCUAGCUGACCCCAUUAACCCGCCGGACUGGGAUGAAAUAGAUAUUUUCUCCGCAGCCCCGAUUAAGACGUCAAACCCCCGGGAGCGCAAUGGGGACCCUGUGGCAGAUAAUAAAUUCUUAUUUAGCAAUCUUGUCAAGGGUCUUAAGAGUUUAUUUUACACACUGAAGGUGUGUAAUCCGGACCACAUCAGCGUCGACCCAUCUAUUGUCCCGCCUAAUUGGCCUGAGGUUUCAUUUGGGUAUAAAGCGGAGGAGGUUGCUGUGAUUAAGAAACUGUUUCAUGAGGGAGCCAAGGUGUUCAAAUAUUAUGGUAUCGAUCAGCCGGAACCUGAGGUGCAAUACUCAUCGCCCCUUGAGUUCCUUGCCAGCCAGUAUAUGCAACAGAUGGGAAAGGAGGAGAAAGAACUUCUGGAAACCUUUGGCACGAUUUUUCAUUGCAUCGACACGGCCACAUUCCAUGAAGUUUUCGAUACGGAAAUUCCUUAUCUGCAUGAACUUAUGUUUGAUCAUUCCUCGCUACUACACUUGCCUCAGUUUUUCUUAGCUAGCGAGGCGACAUCUCCCGCCUUUGCAGGGAUGGUACUUCAGUAUCUCAUGGAUCGGAUUCAUGAAGUGGGGACAUCAAAUGUGUCCAAGUCAAGGAUACUGUUGAGGAUGUUCAAGCUAUCUUUCAUGGCCGUUACGCUCUUUUCCUCCCAAAACGAACAGGUCUUGCACCCCCAUCUCACUAAAAUUGUUACGAAAUGCAUUGAACUUUCCGUGACCGCCGAGGAACCGAUGAAUUAUUUCCUCCUUCUCCGCUCUCUGUUCCGUAGUAUCGGUGGAGGUCGAUUUGAGCUUCUAUACAAGGAAAUCCUACCACUGCUUGAGAUGCUCCUGGAGACCUUUAAUAACCUCCUUCUGAGUGCCCGGAAACCCCAAGAACGCGACCUCUAUGUCGAACUUACUUUGACUGUUCCGGCCCGUCUCAGCCACCUUCUCCCCCAUCUAAGUCACCUCAUGCGGCCCAUAGUUGUUGCUCUCCGAGCUGGCUCCGAACUCGUCGCCCAGGGCCUCCGAACGCUCGAACUUUGCGUUGAUAACUUGACUGCCGCCUAUUUGGACCCUAUCAUGGCACCCAUCGUGGAUGAACUCAUGGCUGCUCUUUGGGACCAUCUCCGUCCAAACCCGUAUAGCCAUUUCCAUGCACAUACCACUAUGCGUAUCCUUGGUAAAUUAGGUGGCCGGAAUCGGAAAUUUCUCAACCACCCACCGGAUUUGUCGUUUCAAGCGUAUGCCGAUGAUAUCCCCAGCAUAGACAUUAAACUUAUCGGUGCAAAUAAAGAACGCGCAUUCCCACUGGAUAUUGGUGUUGAUUUAGCGCUGGGGAAGUUGCUUGAAACACCAAGGACGCCCGUUGCCAAAGCUUCCGAUGCCUUCUACAAACAGCAGGCAUUCCAUAUGUUGAGUUCCCAGCUCAAGCUUUACAUAGGCCUCGAGCAUCCGCUGGAAGAUCUGGCUACGCUGGUGCGGCUGCAAGCAAAUGACUUGGCCGAAGGCAGACUGACCAUUGGCCCGGAUAUCCUAGAGAAAUCCGAACGAAGUGGCUCGAUUCCGAAGAAGUCGGCCCAAGAAGAGCUGUUGAAGAAGUUGCUGAAGGCAUGUAUUGUCGCGACAACAAUUCCGGACCUGAAGCAGGCUGCAACUGCGUUCGUCGUGGACGUUUGCCGCCAUUUCACCAUAAUUGAGAUUGGUCGAUCUCUUGCACAAGCCCGGCAUGCGAGGCGGCCGUUCAAUGUUAAUUCAGGCGAAGGGCCUAUGUAUCUGGAUACUCGAGUGCUUGCAGACGCUCUGGUGGAAUGUUUUUCAUCAGAUAAUGCUAAUGUCCGUGAUGCGGCUAAAUUCGCGAUGCUUGCUGUCCGCGAUGCAGCUGCCGUCAUCUUCGGGUCGCCUGAUAAAGUCGGCAAAUUGUCCUUCUUCUCCCACCUUGCGCGAGUAUUCUGCCACAACUGCCACGAGGAGGAGUGGUUUACCAAGGCUGGUGGAAGUAUGGGGAUCCAGGUAUUUGUGAAGGAUCUUGAUCUUGGGACUCCCUGGUUAGCAGAUCGUCAAGUGGAAUUCAUUAGAGCUCUGAUGUACGUUAUUAAAGAUACACCAACGGAUUUGCCGGCUAGCACGAGGAUACGAGCUCGAGAUACGCUUGAUCUCAUUCUGCGAAGAUGUAACACUGGUGCAUCCAAGGACGAUUUGAAGAAUGAGAAGAGCAGGCUCUUUCACCUUUGCGGGAUUUUCAGUUAUGAGCUUUCUCAUAUGAGCAAACACGUUCGCGAAACUUCUCAGCAGGCUUUUGAAACUAUUGCGCAGGCUGUUGGUGCGGAAAAACAUGAACUCCUCGCUCCCGUCAAGGACAGGCUUCUUCAGCCUAUUUUCAAUAAGCCAUUGCGUGCUCUUUCGUUUCCCACGGAGAUUGGUUUUAUUGACGCGAUUACUUUCUGCCUCGGAUUGCAUCAUGGUAUCGUAACCUUCAACGACCAACUGAAUCGACUGUUGAUGGAAUCACUUGCACUGGUGGACAGUGAGGACGAGGCUCUUGCAUCGAAACCGAAUGAAUUUAAAACUGCGGAACAAAUCGUGAAUCUACGAGUCUCCUGCCUUCGCUUAUUGUCUAUGGCCAUGAGUUUUCCGGAGUUUGCAAGUGGUCCGCUGAAUACGGGACGUGCCCGUGUCAUUGCUGUGUUUUUCAAAUCCCUCUACUCUCGUUCGCCGGAGAUUAUCGAGGCCGCAAACUCGGGCCUGCGCGAUGUGCUAACGCAGACGAACAAGUUGCCGAAGGACUUGCUUCAGAACGGCCUCCGGCCCAUCCUAAUGAAUCUGCAGGAUCCGAAGCGGCUGAGCGUUGCUGGUCUUGAUGGUUUGGCUAGACUUCUUACGCUUCUGACUAACUAUUUUAAGGUGGAAAUUGGCUCUCGAUUGCUAGAACAUAUGAAGAGUAUUGCCGAUGAUAAUAUACUUCAGCGUGUAUCGUUCUCACUUAUUGAGCAAAGCCCUCCAAUGAAGGUCGUGGCGGCCAUCUUUAACAUUUUCCAUCUUCUUCCCUCGGCUGCGACUGCAUUCAUGGAGCCACUGGUCGCUAAGGUAUUGACUCUGGAAGAAAAAUUGCGCCGGACAUCAAAUAGCCUCUUCAGAAAACCUCUCGUGAAAUAUCUUAACCGAUAUGCCAAAGAAACAUGGGAUUUCUUCCGGGCGCGGCUACAUGACGAGAGAUACGGUCGUUUCUUUGGCCAGAUACUAAUGAACCCAGAGAGCGAAUCCAUACGGUCCACCAUCAUGACGGAUGGGGAUACGUUGGUUUCCAUAGCCUUCGGACAGGAACAUGCUGAUAACAAGAAUACCACCGUAAUCAAUGCCAUAUAUGCAAUCUACGCUGUAUGUUUCCAUGAUCCGACUAAAAGUUGGCUGAAGAACAACCCGGACCUUAAGCGACACCUCAUGAUUGCGGGGAGGGACCUUGAACACAAACUUCGCACCGACAAGCUUCCGCUCAAUGAGCGUCUCAGGGUUGAACAGGCUGAAGAUCAACUUAUGGAUAUCUUCACGUCAUACCUGUCACAUUCCCUGCAGGACUUGGAUUUUCUCUUCGAGAUCAUCAAUAGAUUAUCAGCCCGCGAGCUCAAGAUGACACUAGCUUUCCCGAAGUUCCUCUAUGAACAUAUAAUCACGAACGAGUCUAUUGAUUAUAGGCGCACACUAAUCAUGCGUUGUUUGGACUUGUAUGGUCAGCGCAACGUGUCGCAGAGAAUGAAAACUUACGUGUUUCACAACGUGGUCAAUCCUAUUUUCGCAAUGGAUGUGAAGAACACUUGGGGCCAGCCUCCCACGGGCCCCAGAUUGGUAGAUAAAACCAUGACCGAGGCAAUCCACAAUAGGCUGUGGAAACCACAACUUGGAGACAUCAGCGAGGAAUCUGGCCAGCCAGGCGUCGAUCAUUCACGGAUGGAGCUUCUCCAGCUUUCUGCCCUGCUGAUCAAAUAUCACCAUACAAUUGUGCAGGAUACCCGGAAGGAUAUAAUCAAGUUUGCAUGGAGCUAUAUCCGCCUAGAGGACAUCAUCAACAAGUAUGGCGCCUAUGUCCUCAUCAGCUAUUUCAUCUUCCACUACGAGACGCCGUCCAAGAUCGUCGUUCAAAUAUAUGUCGCUUUGCUGAGGGCGCACCAAAACGAGGGCAAGGCGCUGGUGAUGCAGGCUUUGGAAAUUCUGGCACCCGUGCUCCCCAGGCGAAUAACCUCCUCCGGAGAUGUGCGGUACCCUCUAUGGGCUAGGUGGCCCCGUCGCAUUCUAGCUGAAGAAACGGCGAACCUCCAGCAAGUUCAGAGCAUUUUCCACUUCCUAGUUCGGCAGCCCGACUUGUUCUAUGAAUCUAGGGAGAACUUCGUACCCCUUAUUGUCCCUUCUCUUAUUAAAAUUGCUGGACCCCCUAAUCCAUCAAAUGACAGCAAGAAGCUGGCACUGAACUUGAUUGCACUUAUUUGGACAUGGGAGGAGAGGCGAGUCCGUGAAACUAGCGCACCUCAACCCCGACCAGCAACACCAGCCGAGGAGGCACAAGCAGCACCGUCUACUGCUCUCGCCCCGCCUGUCACAAGAGAGAGGCCGGAAUACACUGUUCCUCUCGAUCUUCGGACGGCACUUAUCAAGUACCUUGUCACGUUUAUUUGCGGUCUCCCUGAGCGAUAUCGUGUCCCUGCUGCUAAGUUCCGGGACAAAAUCGUCGUACAACGGCCUGCACUUCCUAUUCUCUAUGGAGAGAUGGUUAAGAAGGCUAUGCGUUUACUGAGAGGCCUACUUUCCCCUGAGUACUGGGGUGAUCUGGAUAUCGAUUUAUAUCAGAAAGUGACGGAACCGAUCCUCACCGGAGAUAAAGCUGACAAGCCUGACGAUAAGCACGCAACGGCAAUGGUGAAUACGCUUCAGGUUAUUCGGGUUUUAAUUGCUUACAAGCCCAACGAAUGGAUUGUUAGUCGUGUUUCAGUUUUGCAAAAGUUAUUUGAGAAGCCCCUUCGAUCGGAGAAUCCCGAAAUUCAGGACUGCCUGCAUGGAAUUAUGAAUGAUACAGAGCUCCGCCAAUUACCAUCACCCGUCAAACGUGUCCUUGAUGCUAUGCCUGCUGAUGAUCAGCCCGAAGAAGAAGAUGCCAUGGAUGUCGAUAAUUGUCCUUCAGAGUUUGUCACGUACCUCUCCGCAAUUGCUACGGAAGCGUUAUCGACUAGCAAUUAUGUCUCUGCCAUUAACAUCUUGUGGACUUUGUCACAGAGCAAACCCGCAGAGAUUGAUCAGCAUGUUCUUCACAUCAUGAAAAUAUUCUCUUUGAAGCUCGCAAAGGAUCACGUCGCUGCAUACACCAACACUACUAAUAAUAACAAUAACACCUUUGCUAACAUGCGGCCUGGAGAGCAACAGCACCCUACACCUGAGGAUGCGGAGUUUGAAAUUGGUGUCGACCUGAUUUCAAAGACUAUCGACCUACUUGCCUCUAGAAUGUCCCAUUUGGGAGAGCAGCGCAGACCGUUCCUUAGCGUGUUAGCUCAGCUUGUUGAACGCUCCCAUGACAUCCGGCUCUGCACGAAGAUCCUGCGAAUGGCAGAGUCUUGGAUUUUCAACUCGACCGAGUCUUGGCCAACACUAAAGGAGAAAACAGCCGUUCUGCAUAAGAUGCUCCUGUUCGAAUCUAGACCGGACCAGAAACCUCUAAAGCAAUUCCUGGAGCUGGUCAUACGCAUCUACGAGGAUCCUAAGAUCACAAGAACUGAAUUAACUGUUCGGCUAGAGCAUGCAUUCCUGAUUGGCACGCGAGCACAGGAUGUUGAAAUGCGCAAUCGUUUCAUGUCAAUUUUCGACCGAAGUCUGACCCGUUCAGCAAAUACUCGACUCAGCUAUGUGCUAACGUCGCAGAACUGGGAUACCCUUGCAGACUCAUUCUGGCUUACGCAGGCGUCCCAGUUAGUCAUUGGUUCGAUCGAUAUGAGCACCCCUGCACGACUACACCCGGAGGACUUCACCGUUUCGCCCACUGCAUUUCUCUUUGGAAGUUCGGAAACAGAUCCUAGAAAAGAUGGAGUUCUGGUGGACAGCCAGCUAGAGUUGUUAGCUGCUGAUAAUAGGAAAUUCUGCCAAGAGCUUGGAGAUGUUAAGGUCCGUGAUAUUCUUGAACCUCUUUCGCAGCUUCAACACGCAGAUUCGAAGGUUGCGUAUAGAAUCUGGGUGACUCUGUUUACUAUUUGCUGGUCUACACUGAAUCGUGAGGAACGAUCCGACUUGGAGAAGGGGAUGGUUACGUUGCUUACACGCGAGUAUCAUCGGGGACAAAUUGAUGAGCGGCCAAAUGUCAUUCAAGCUCUUCUUGAAGGUGUAGUCAGAGCUAAACCGCGCUUUAAGAUCCCUCCCCACGUGAUGAAAUUCCUCAGUCGGACUUACGAUGCUUGGUACAUUGCCGCUUGUGCUCUUGAAGAGUCUGCUAUUAGCCCACUUGUCGAUACGCCUGUUGUCCGUGAAAGUAACCUGGACUCCCUCGUUGAGAUCUACGCUGGUUUGCAGGAAGAUGAUCUGUUCUAUGGUACCUGGCGCAGACGAUGUAAGUUUGUCGAAACCAAUGCUGCGCUAUCGUAUGAACAGCAAGGUAUGUGGGAUAAGGCACAGCAGCUGUACGAAUCAGCCCAGAUCAAAGCACGUACCGGCGCGGUCCCUUUCUCACAGGGAGAGUAUUUCCUCUGGGAAGACCACUGGAUGAUUUGCGCCCAGAAGCUGCAACAAUGGGAGAUCCUGAGUGAUUUCGCAAAGCAUGAGAACUUUAAUGAUCUUCUUUUGGAAGCGACAUGGAGAAAUCUCGAUAAUUGGCAGGGGGAGGCCAAUCGUGAUCAGUUGGAUUCUUUAAUCAAGUCCGUUUCUGAUGCUCCGACCCCUCGUCGGACGUUCUUCCAAGCUUUCAUGUCCCUUCUCAAGUUCCAUGGGAAGCAAGAAAGCCCGCAGGAUUUUAAUAAUAUAUGUGAUGAAUCCAUCCAACUUUCGAUCCGAAAGUGGCACCAGCUACCCAAGAGAAUUACCAAUGCACAUAUUCCGAUUCUGCAGAAUUUCCAACAGCUGGUUGAACUCCACGAUGCAAGUGUUAUUUGUAGCAGCUUGACUCAGACAAAUGAAAGGAAUCUGGAUACCAAGUCAGCGGAACUGAAACUGCUAUUGGCAACCUGGCGCGAUCGACUUCCCAAUGUAUGGGACGAUAUCAAUGCCUGGCAAGAUCUAGUCACAUGGAGACAGCACAUUUUCCAAUUGAUCAACGCCACUUAUCUUAGCCUGCUCCCACCUCAGUCAAACACUGUAGCCAGCAAUUCCUAUGCCUAUCGAGGAUACCACGAGACCGCUUGGAUUAUCAAUCGGUUUGCUCAUGUUGCACGUAAACAUCAAAUGCCCGAAGUGUGCAUCAACCAGCUUAGCCGUAUCUACACGCUGCCGAAUAUUGAGAUCCAGGAAGCUUUCCUCAAGCUACGAGAACAAGCCAAGUGCCAUUACCAGAACCACAAGGAGCUCAAUAGCGGGCUGGAUGUGAUCAACAACACUAAUUUGAACUACUUUAAUGCUCAGCAAAAGGCCGAAUUCUAUACUCUGAAGGGCAUGUUUCUGGCUAAACUCAACCAUACUACAGAAGCUAAUGAAGCUUUUGGAGUUGCUCUUUAUUAUGAUCUACGACUGGCCAAGGCCUGGGCUGAAUGGGGACAAUACAGCGAUCAGCGGUUCAAAGCGGAUCCUACAGAUAUGGAACUUGCAAGCAAUGCCGUAAGCUGCUACCUCGAGGCGGCUGGCCUGUACAAGAGUCCAAAGUCACGAAAGCUUCUGAGUCGCAUCUUGUGGCUUCUUAGUUUGGACAACGAGGAAGGGAAGAUUGCUUCUGCCUUUGAAAAUUUCAAGGGUGAUACUCCCGUGUGGUAUUGGAUUACCUUCAUCCCACAGCUGCUUACUAGUCUAUCUCACCGUGAAGCGAGGUUGGCUGCUGCCGUUCUUGGCAGGAUUGCGAAAUUAUACCCGCAGUCUCUAUUCUUCUUGUUAAGAACGUCUCGAGAGGAUUUGAAUACUAUCCGAAAAACACAUGAACAGAAACAAGAGAGGCUUAAUCGCGCCAAAGAACAAGCUUCCCCUAACGGCAAGGAGACCUCUCCAGAUAUGAAACCUGGAAUGUCGGGAACGGAUACUGCAACAACUAACGGUACAGAAGGACACCAAUCUCCCAGACAGCCUCCUCAGCCUGGACAACUUGGACAACCUGGACAACAACCUGGACAACUCGGGCAGCCCGCACAGCCUGGACAACAUGGGCAACAUGGGCAGCUCGGACAGCUUGGACAACCCCGACAGCUCGGACAAGUUGGGCAGCAUGGACAGUUUGGACAGCCUGGUGUGCCUAACGCCGUACAACCAAAAUCCGAUCCAGAUAACUCACAAAAGGAGCUUCCGAAGAAAUCUUGGGAGUUCGCAGAGGAUGUCAUGUCUACGCUAAAGACCGCGUUCCCUCUCCUUGCUCUUUCCAUGGAGACAAUGGUCGACCAAAUCCACAAGAAUUUCAAAUGCCCACCCGAUGAGGACGCGUAUAGACUUAUUGUUGCGCUUCUUAAUGACGGUCUUGCUUAUGUAGGCCGGAUGCCCGCUUCAUAUGCCCAAGACUUCAAGCUCCCACCAGCAACGGAGGGUAACAUCACCCGCUUUGCAGAGACGAUUCUUCCUGCACACAUCCGCAAGUCAUUCGAGGCUGAUUUCGUUGUCAAGAAGCCCACAAUGCACGAGUACAUUCAUAAACUCCGGCGAUGGCGUGAUAAAUUUGAAGAAAAGCUUGAUCGACGGCCGCAUACUCAAUCCUUGGAAGCGUUCUCACCACAUCUUAGCGAAUUCAAAUACCUCAAAUUUGACGAAAUCGAAGUUCCAGGACAGUAUCUCGAGCACAAAGAUAAAAACCAAGAUUUUGUCCGUAUUGAUCGCUUCCUGCCUAAUGUUGAACUCGUGCGUGGGAUUGGUGUUUGCCAUAGGCGUUUGAAGAUGCGAGGCCACGAUGGUAGCCUACAUUGCUUCGCUGUCCAACAUCCUGCUGCCCGCCACUGUCGCCGGGAGGAGCGGAUUUUACAACUUUUCCGCAUUUUCAAUGGAAUUCUUUCCAAACGAAAGGAGAGUCGACGACGAAAUAUUUACUUCCAUCUUCCCCUAAUGGUUCCCCUCGCUCCUCACAUUCGUCUUGUCAAGGAUGAUCCAUCCUAUAUUUCAUUGCAGGGUGUGUAUGAAGACCACUGCCGACGUACUGGUAUGAGCAAAGAUGAACCCGUGCUGUUUACGAUGGAGAAAAUGCGCUCUCUAGCGGACAUGAAACAAAACGUGAGUAAAUUUGGAUCAAUGUUCUUUGUUCCAUUUACUAACGGUGAUAAGCAGCGUACCCCUGAACAGUCAUUAAUCCUCCGCUCAGAAAUCUUUUCAGCUAUCCAAGAGAAAUGGGUUCCCAAUACGAUUUUGUUGGACUUUUUCCAGCAAACAUAUCCAAACUUUGCUGAUUUCUGGCUCUUCCGCCGCCAAUUCUCUUAUCAAUACGCUGCAGUGGCUUUCAUGACCUAUAUUAUGCACAUGACCAACCGGUAUCCAAACAAAAUAUCCGUCUCACGUGCCACAGGAGACAUCUGGGGAUCUGAAUUGAUCCCCAACAUCCACACUGCAAAGCCCCUCUUCUUCAACCCAGAACACGUACCUUUCCGCCUUACACCAAACAUCCAAACAUUGAUGGGCCCCUUGGCGACCGAGGGCAUCUUUGCGUGCGCAGUCAUGGCAAUCGCCCGCUGCCUAACAGAACCACGACACGAACUAGAACAGCAACUUAGCAUAUUUGUCCGUGAUGAAAUGAUCUUCUGGUCUGGUGCGCAGCGCGGUUCGACGGUUGAGACCCAGCUGCGAGAAAUGGUGCAGAGUAAUAGUGAUUUUAUUGUCAAUAGGGCUGUUAGUCUUGCGAGUCCGCCAGAUGGAAACUUGCCAGCAAACCAAUCUGUUAUUGAUCUUAUUUCAAGAGCGGUCAACCCGCAGAACUUGUCGCAAAGCGAUGCGUUGUGGAUGCCGUAUUUGUGA